AUGCUGGGCAAAAGUCGUGGUGGACACUCGUUCAGGCCAUAUUCACCAGGACGCACAAAUCUGUUGUCGCUUCCACCACCGAACGUUUGUUACAGACAGCCAAGUUCGUUCUAUCACGGAACGCAAAAAAACGCAAAGGUGCACGAAAUGAUGUUUCGGCUCAGACAAGUCGCUUACGAACAACUCAGGCGUUCUGGUGCUGCACUGCUUCGACAAAAAGGAGAAGAAGAAAAAAUUAAAUACUUAGAACGAGUUGGAUAUCUUUUUUGCCGAAUUUAUUAUCCGAUGAGUGCCGAUGUGACGUUGAACGUUGAAGUACCGUAUGAUGAUCAU